CUACAGUACAUUUAAUUUGUCGCUAGAAUAUUUCGUGUUACGUUUAGACACUAUCAAUGGUUUAAUAGGGAAUAUGUACUUCUGACAGAAGCACUGCUAAAAUGUGGAUGUUAGCCUAAAACAUGCUGCACCGGUUCAUUAUUUAAAGAAAAGCACUGCUAAAAUGUGGAUGUAAGCCUAAAACAUGCUGCACCGGUUCAUUAUUUGAAGUACCCACAACAAUGACGUACAACGUGAUGCUAGAGGACAUAGUGCGGCAGACGGGUGGCUGCGGUCUCUACCAGUGGCUCCUCUGUCUCAUCGUCCACACAGGAAAGACCAUCUCUUCGUGGAGCUUGAUCGCCAUGACGUUCAUCGGACAAGACCCGGGUUUCCGGUGUCUUGACGGAGCGGUGCGUAAUGAAUCAGGACAGGGGUAUGGACAAAGGAACACAACAGGAGGGGGAGGGUUUUACGACAGCCAGUGUGAAUUAGACAACACCAGUAGCUUAGCUUCCUACAACUAUGAUCCAAGAAUGGUUACCAUUGUUUCAGAGUACGAUCUUGUCUGUGGCCGGAAGUGGAUUCCAGCCAUGAUCACUACGAUUCAGAUGGGGGGCCUGUUAGUUGGCGGUCUUAUUUCCGGCCAGUUUGCAGACACAUACGGACGGAAACCCACAUUUAUUUUGUCCGUAUUUUUAAUCAGCGCAUUUAAUUUGUCGGGAUAUUUCUCCGUCAACUGGGAAAUGUACGCAGCCAUGAGGUUUCUGAUUGGGGUCGCGGUAGGCGCUUAUGUGACCGUCCAAUACAGCUUGAUGAAUGAGUUUGCCACGGUGAAGUGGCGCCCGGUUAUCGUGGUCACACCCUCCUUUUCCAUACAGGCGAGUAUGUUUGCACUCCUGGCUUGGAUGGUCCACGACUGGCGAAAAAUCCAUCUCGCCACCGUCAUUGUGGGCAUACCCUACUUAUUUACCUGGUGGUUUAUGCCAGAGAGUUUCCGCUGGCUGGUAACACGCGGUCGGUACAAGGAAGCGGAGACCGUGAUUCAUAAGUUAGCACGCGUGAAUCGGAAGCCAGUGCCGGACCUCACGAAGGUAAUGGAUGCGGCUCGAAUGGAGGAAACAAAGGAAAGCCGACUCCGAAGAUACACUGGUCUUUAUCUCUUUCGGUGCCGGGACAGCUUGAAGACCACCGUCGGUCUACUCAUUGUUUGGUUUUCUACGAAUUUUGGUUACUUCGGGAUCACUUUUGGAAUUCGGAGCCUGUCGGGGGAUUUGUAUAUGAACAUGUUCCUUAUCAACAUCGUGGAGGCACCCGUCCAGAUCCUAGUCGCUUUCCUCGUGAACUGUAUCGGUCGGAAGAAGACUUGCAUGAUAUUCUACAGUUUGGCGGGCAUAUGUGGAACAGCGGUGGGAAUCCUUCAGUAUGCCGAUUCACCGUUAAGCGGUACGGUGACUAACGGGAUAGCGCUGGUGGCCAAGAUUGGCGUGGCGUCGGGCAUGCAGUCCCUGAUGCUCUAUACUUCUGAGAUCUACCCCACAGUCGUCAGAACUAUAGCGUACAGUGUCCAUUCUACGGCUGCCAGAGUGGGUUCUAUGGUGGCACCGCAGGUCGUGUUCCUGGACGAAGCGCAGCCCGGCCUGUUGUACUUUGUGAGUGGCAUGCUGAUGAUAUUGUCUGCCUUUAUCAUGAUCAUCUUGCGGGAGACCAAGGGACUAGAGCUGCAAGAUAUGCUAGAGGAAAUUAUCGAUGAAGGCGGUCUGGACGUCAACAUCACAGUCGUUAAUGGAAAUGUAAACGACGACGGCCAGUAUGACAGGGUGUCGGUGGAUGCCCGAAAAGCAAACGGCGUCCAUGAGGAUAAUCAAGCAAGUGUGGCCACUACAGUAUGAGGUAUUUCAAGUGUGUCCUCUACAGUUUGAGGUUUUUCAAGUGUGUCCUCUACAGUAUGAGGUUUUUCAAGUGUGUCCUCUACAGUUUGAUGUUUUUCAAGUGUGUCCUCUACAGUUUGAGGUUUUCAAGUGUGUCCUCUACAGUUUGAGGUUGUUCAAGUGUGUCCUCUACAGUUUGCGAGUGUUCAAGUGUGGCCUCUACUUUUCUAAUGAUGAGCUUUGUGUUGUUAAUAACCAGAUAAUUAGCUACCAUAAUAUUGUCAGCAUUGUGUUUUAUCACUACGAAUCCGGUCGCUAUCCUACAACAAUUUUGAUCAGAGGAAAUAUAACAUAUGUCAAGUUAGAGGAGACGAAUAUCCUUCUGUUCUAUAGUGAAGUCUAUACUCUGAUAUAAGAUGUAUGUAAUUAUUUACCCAUAUUUUGUAGACGAAGAGCAGAUAUGC